GCUCAGCCUCUCCCGUGCAGUAGUCAAGUCAGUGUUGGCGCGGGAGGUGCAGUGGCUCUUUUGGCUCAUUUUCUAAACCAAUUAUUAUUCCUCUCCUUACACACACAAAAAAAUGUCGUGGCAAAAUUACGUUGACCAGCAGCUGAUGGGCUCUGGCUAUGUUUCUAAGGCGGUUAUUGCCGGUCACGAUGGCACAUUAUGGGCCAAAAGUGAUAACAUCGAACCAUCCCGGGAGGAGUUAGUAAAGUUAGCAAACAGUUUUACAGAUCAGAAAGGCCUUGCAAUGACUGGAGUUCACAUGGGUGGUGAAAAGUACUUCUACCUCUCUGGCACCGACAAGGUUAUCCGAUGCAAGAAAGGGAAGGCAGGAAUGCACUGCAUGAAGACGUUGCAAGCAGUCCUGAUAGCCAUGUUCGAGGACCCUAUUCAACCCCCUCAGGUGGCUGCUAUUGUAGAGUCACUAGGGGAGUACCUUAUCUCCAUGACUUAUUGAGUGAAUGAAGACUUCGUGAAUAUCACUAUCUUCAUUGGAGCUUCAUGGCAGUGGGUGACAUGUGAUAAACCAGUGUUGACCAGUGUUUGACGGUGACUUGAACAUGUGUUCCAUCUUGAUAAAAACUUGGCUACUCAAUCAGAAAAAAUAAAAGAUGAAAAAAAAGUGGAAACCCAUGUAUUUUUUGUUUUUCUUUGGAUAAUACCAGCAACAAUUUAGGAAAGGCUUGGCUGUCACACCAGUGUUUAUGUAUGUAUGUAAUGUAUUUGACGUCGGAAAGGGUUCUAUGAAAUGAAUAUACUUUCGCGUUUAAAAAAAAAAAAAACACCUUUGUAUAAUAAAUUUUUUCCAUGGACAUUUUAUUAUUGCAGCUUUUUGUGAAUUAACUUGCACUCUUAUAUAAGUGAUGGUUUGCAGCUGAUGGUUUUUGCAACUAUUAGUGAAGUGGCUAGCCUGUGUAUAUUUGCGAGCAUUUAGUGGUAGGGAGAGGGAUGAUCUGAUAACCUUGUCCUUAUAAUCCUCCUGAUAAUUUUGUCUUCCUCUGCUUUCAUCUCCAGAACAUACCUCUUGACAAAUUGCCUUUUUCAGUCUUGCCUCCAUCUCAGUAUUUUCCUCAUCCUCAACUCCCACACUCCAACAUACUUGUGUGAGUGUCUAGUCUCUGCUAGCCACUGAUCCCAGUGUUGAAUUUUUGUUUUAUUUUUUUUUAUAUUAAAUUUGUUCCUAAAUGAAAUUUAAAGUUUCCUGUACCCAACAGCUGUAAAUGGAAACUAUUAAAUGGAAUAAGCAUUCCUUAUCUCAACUGGUAUCUUUUAUGUUGAUAUCCAACGAACUAUAUUUUCUUGUAUGAAAACCUACUCUAGCCUGUAACUGAAUAUUGGGUCCUAAUUACUAUUACUGCGCAUUUGCUCAGUCUUGAUAAGUUUUGUUAUAAAGCCAAUUUUUCUUUUUGAUUAUGAUUACGGGGAAUAAUUUUUUCUUUGAACCCCGUGCUUUUUUGGGGAUGGGGGGGAUUUUGAACUUGAAUUUUGAAGAAAAGUUUGGGGGGAUCCCUGUCAUGGAUUCACGAAAGAUUGGCGAUUAUGAACCCGAGGUGAUUGGUUCAACGCAGCUCAUUUUCCUGUUCAAAACACAUCUCUGGUUCAGAAUCGCUGGUCAAUUUUUUUAACUGUUAAGGUUCCAGUGUAGUGUCACCCACUCAGGGUUGGCACUGCAAUUCUUGGAGGCACAAAAUUGGCCCAUGUGCCCAGGCUUGGUGUUCUGCCGCGUCAGUAGUUCUACUGCGGACGCUCAGUAUUGUACAGCUUCCAUUCCCCCCCCAAUAAACACUACUUAAUAACAUUAUAUUUUUAUAUAUCCCUUGGUUAAGGUGCACAUAACUGGCUAAUUUUCUUUUUUUGUAAACCAUUUUCCCAAGCAUGCCAGUGGAUCCAGUGCACCUUGUAGCUAGGCUGGCUCCAUUUGUGAAAGUCACUUGCAUCCAACGUAAUUGUUUUUUCACCUUAGUAAUAGACAUUGGGGUAGAUGUACAAAAAUAUUAAUCUGACUCGAAUCUGAACUGGUGGUAGACAUUGCAUGCUAGUUUUGUAGAUGGAGAUUCUAUAGACUUUGGCUUUGUCAGUUUAGUCAUAAAUUGUGGGGUAAGGAGAAAUUCCAACUUUUCUUAAUUUUGUAAAAUUGCAAAAUAGCAGGACGUACAAACUGUAAGGGUGGAACGCAAAGCCUGUUAAUUUAGAGCCUAUAAUUAAUGAUGGUAAGCAGGAAUAAUGCAGUGCGCCUGUAUUUCAUAAAUAUCUAGGUCUUUAAUAUGGAGAGAACAUCUCGCUCGAAGAAAAGAAUAAAAAACACCAAUUAU